AUGGAACCAGAGUUAAAAGGUUCAUCAAACAGUGGUCCUGUUACAGAAACAGAGACUAACAACUUCGAAUAUGAAGCUCAACAUUUUGGAUUCACCCCCAUUACCUUGUUGAAUGGAAUGUUCAACGCAGUUUGCGACUUGUACAGAGAAGCUUUAAAAGCAUUUUGUAAAACAUGCUCCGAAAAGUAUCCAAAUGUGAUGUCAGAGACAGAAUAUAAGAAUGCUCGUCAUGCUGUCAGCGAGUUUAUCGACAAAGAUGUCUGCAUGCUGUUUGAUAAACUUGAGUAUUUCCUCCUACAUCAAGUGUUCACAAUUCCUGACGAUGUAGUUUUGCCGGAAGAUCAGUGUCAGCUGCAGCGGCUCAGUGAUGCUGAAGAAACCCAACUGGAGAAACAGAUUGUUGAUGUUAGAAAACGGAUCCUUGCGGUGAAAUAUGCCAACGCAGAGCUCAGUCAGCACUUGAAAGAUGCAGAAAUCUUGCAGAAAACUUUGGAUAAAGUCAUUGAACAGCUCUCGUCACCUGAGAACAGCGUGUCACAACUUGGAGCGAAAGCUUUGAAGGACUGGAUCUCCUACUACGGUGAGAUGCUGAACAAAUGUCUGGGGUCCAAGAAGAAAGCUACAUAA